AUGAUUCUCCAGGGCACCGUUCUCACCGUGCUCGUCGUUUUUGGUAUGCCUCGCUUACUGUAGUGUUAUUAUUUAAUCUUUUUACGUUUCAAUAGGUUACUGUAGUUUUACUUUUAUAUGUUUAAAGUUUUGAUGGAUUACUGUAGUUUCAUUAUUUAUAUAUUUUGAUAGUUUACGGUAACGAUUUAUAAAUUUUUUUAUUUUUUUUUAAAGUUUAAUCUACAAAAAUUAAUAUUUUGUUACCUAAAUUAGGCUUUCUUAACUUGAUUUUACUCAAAUUUUUAAAACUUUAGGUAGUGCUUUGUAUGUCCCUCCAUAUGGUGCCCCACCACAAGCCUCCACAGUCGCUCCAGCUCCAGUAAAUGUAGCCCCAACUACCACGCCUAAGCCAGAAUACGAUUGUUCCAACAAGAACGGUUACUACACUCAACAAGCUUGUGGCCCAGUCUACUACUACUGUAGCGGAGGUAGGUUUAUUGUAUAAAAAAACUUUUUAAGUUUUUUUUUAUUUCUGAAUUUUUUAAAAUUAAAAGUUUUUUAUUCUGAGGUGGGUAAAAUAAUAUAAAUUAAUAUAGUGAUAACUAUUUCAAUGUAUAAACCUUUUCAGGACACACCUUCAAGCAAGUAUGCCCUCCAGGCACUGGCUACGACGUUGUAGAGCACGUCUGUGAGUACUUGUCCUUGUGCGGUAAGCCAAGAACCACUACCACUGCCGCUCCAGCCCCAGUCAACGUUCAGCCAACCACCACCCCAUCGACUGAAUGCGUCGGCCGUCCAGACGGCAUCUACGAGCGCGGAACCUGUCAGAACAGCUACCUCCAUUGUGCCAACGGCAACGCCUACCCAUUGGCCUGUCCAGCUCAGCUGGCCUACUUCAACGGAACCUGUAUCUAUGUUGGAGACUGUUUGAGGUAAGAAGUUCACAUGUUGUAGUUCGGUGUAUUUAAAAAAAUUAUUUAAAAACAUUUUUUGACUAUAAAAUUUGAAAACUAGACUAAAAUUAAACGUUUUAGCCCAUCCACUACAACUGCUGCUCCAGCUCCAGUGAACGUUGCUCCAGUCCCAGCCUUCAACCCAUAUGCUCCACCAUCCCCACCCCCACCAGCUCCAGUUACUGCUCCACCAGCCCCAGUCAACGUCCAGUCACCAGCCCCACAAAACCCAUACGCUCCAGCUGCUCCAGCCCCAGUAACUGCUCCACCAGCUCCAGUCAACGUCCAGCCACCAGCCCCAGCUCCAGUUACCGCUGCUCCAGCUCCAGUGGCUGUUCAGCCACAGAGCCCAUAUGGUCAAGCUCCAGUUACCCCAGUUACUGCUCCACCAGCUCCAGUCAACGUUCAGCCAGCCACCACCACCGUAGCCCCAGUCAACUUCGACUGUACUGGACGUCAGAACGGUCAAUACAGUAACGCCUGGUGCGGUCAGCAAUUCUUUGUCUGUUACAACGGUAAGUAAAUGAAGGUAACCAAUAUUUAUAUUGCAUGUAAUGAAUGCUACUUAGUAUUAUCGCAUUACAGUAGGUAUAACUCUUCAUUUCAGGUGUCGCCUAUGCCGAGAACUGCCCAACUGGAACCGGCUUCGAUGUUGCCAACAACCAAUGUGAAUGGUUGGCUGAAUGUGGUAAGCCCAAGACCACCACCGCUGCCCCAGUCACCGCUCCACCAGCUCCAGUCAACGUCCAGCCACCAGCUCCACAAUCCCCAUACGGUGCCCCAGUAACCGCUGCUCCAGUGGCCCCAGUUGCUCCAGUAACUGCCCCACCAGCCCCAGUCAACGUUCAACCACCAGCCCCACAGUCUUCAUACCGCGCCCCAGUUACCGUAGCCCCAGCUCCAGUCAACGUUGCCCCACAGACCGCUGCUCCAGUAGCACCAGUCACCGUGGCUCCAACCACUGCUGCUCCAGUAAACUUUGACUGCUCCACCAAGACUGACGGAUACUAUGGUCAAGGUUGCAACGGACAGUACUUCUCUUGUGCCGCUGGCUCUGCCUACGUCUUCGCUUGCCCUGGCUCACUGAAGUUCAGCUCUCAGGCUUCACAGUGCGAUUACCCACAAAACAUCCCUGAAUGUGGAGGACAACUCCCAACUACCACUGCUGCUCCGUAAGUUUCAUAAAAUUUACAAUAAUAUUAAUUCUUCAAACAAUAUCCCCUAUAAAGUAUUUAUAAAGUCUAUAAUCUAAAAUAAACAUAUAAGAUCUUUUAGAGCCCCAGUCAACGUAGCUCCUUCUCAACCAGCCCAACAAAGCUACAGCCCAAGCUCGGCUCAGCCAAGCCCUGUCCAACCAAGCCCGGUCCAAACUGCUCCAGUGAACGUGGUCCCAGCCUCGCCCUCCAACACCGUAGCCCCAGUCGACGAUGACAACCUCUGUGCCAACUUGGCCAACGGUGUGUACGGUCGUCGCUGUUCUCGCCACUACUUCGUGUGCUCGGCCAACAAGACCUACCAGUUCACUUGCCCUCAAGGCUUCGCUUACGAUCCUGAGACCAGCCAAUGUGCACCAAAAGGACAAGUCCGUGUCUGUGCCGCCCUCACUUCGACCACCACCGCCGCCCCCGCCCCAGUGAAUGUGGCCCCUCAACAGCCCUUCAACCCCUACGCCGGCUACUAA